GGAGCCGGGGACAGCUGUGAGCGUGGGCCUUGGGAGGAGGCGGCGCCCGGCUCUCCGACGAUGGCCGGGCUGCAGGCGCUGGUGCAGCGGGUGCUGCGCGCGCUGGUGUGGCGGGCACUACAAGCCCUGCUCUGCCCGCACCACGCGCUCAUCUCGGCGCUGCGCGCGCGCCCGGGCACCUGGAGCUGGAUCCGGUGGCUCCCCAAGCCUCUGACGAACUGUGGGCACUCUUGUCGCAGUCCGCACCGGCCCUUGCACCGGCACUCGCAAUCGCAAUCGUACUCGCCGGGAGACCCGGCGCUGGCCAUAAUGCACCCCGGGCUGCGCUGGCGCGCGGACUGCGGGACCCUGCACAAGCUGCCCGUGCACCUGGGUCUGCUGAUCACGGAGUUGGAGCACAGCUUCUCGGACGUGGCGAGCAUCGUGGUGUGGUGCGUGGCCGUGGGGAUCUCCUACGUUAGCGUCUACGACCACCAGGGUAUUUUCAAAAGAAAUAAUUCCAGACUGAUGGAGGAAAUUUUAAAACGACAACAGGAACUUUGGGGCUUAGAUUGUUCCAGAUACUCAGCAGAGUUGGCAGAGAGUAAUGGCAAAGACGGUCUCGUUUUAAUCUGCCGGUCGGCCGUGCAGGUGCUGUCCCCAGAAGACGGGAAAGCAGACGUUGUGAGAGCCGCCCAGGACUUCUGCCAGUUGGUGGCGCGGCAGCAACGGAGAGCCACGGAUCUGAACGUGGAUGUGUUUGACCGCUUGCUUCGUUCCCACGGCUUCCCUGAUCCGGAUUUAGUACUGAAGUUUGGUUCUGUGGACAGCACAUUAGGCUUUCUCCCCUGGCAAAUCAGACUGGCUGAGAUCGUGUCCUUGCCUUCUCACCUGAACCUCCGUUACGAGGACUUCUUCUCCGCCCUUUGUCAGUAUGCGACGAGUGAACCGCGUCUGGGAAAGUAGUGGUCCCUGUUUGCGUCCCUUUUGGAACUAAGGACCCGAGGGACUCUGAUGUUUACAAAGUAUCUAUAAAUACCCUGUGCACACCUAGUUCAUAUUCCUCAUAAUUUAUCAGCAGACACAAAGAAUGUCUUACUCGAGUGUGUGUGUGUGUGUGUGUGUGUGUGUGUGUGUGUGUGUGUGUGUGUGUGUGUGUUUGGGAAUAAACCAGGGAGGCAGCCGGGAAUGGAAUAGCAGAGGAUAUGAGCCUUUAGAUUUAAAGGUCUCAGCCGGUACAACUUUCCUGAUUUUGUGAAGUAUAGGAAGUGAUUAAAGCUGGUCGUUUGGAGUGGGGUGAGGGUAAUUUUUAUUCAGUUUAUCCUAGUGACCAAACUUUAAUUUUUAAGAAUAGUAUAUUGACUUACUAAA